AUGGAUUCAACAGAACGACAGAAGAGACCAAGACUUAUGCAUGAUGCAGAGCCAAUUAUAUCCUUGGAAGAUUCUGAUUCUGACAAUAAUCAGCAGUACAUUCCUGUUCAUCAACGACGACAGGCCAAGUUGGACCAGAUGGCAUUAAAGACCCAAACUCCAUUACAUCAACUGAAGCAGAAAUUGCCUUUGAAGAACACUCAGUCUGCAUUUCCAUCUACUGAUACUGGUGAUGAUGACAAGAUAAUAGCCAGACCACAAGUAUCGCUCAUUGAUCAAGCUAUUGAACUCAAGCAAUAUGAGAAACCCAAGACUGACUUGGAAAAGGAGGUUGAGGAGGAACAAAAGAUUCUUGCUGCUCAGUCCCAACGAAAACAGCUGUUUUCUGACAAGGAGCUUGCAAUGGAUAUCAAAUACACAGAGUCUAUGCGUACUUCAUGGACUCCGCCUCGGCAUAUUCGGGAUAUAUCUGCUAAAGAGCACGAAUCGACCAGGAAAGAAUUCCAUAUUCUCAGCGAGGGAUUAGACUUGCCUCCACCCAUAAAAACUUUUAGAGAAAUGCGUAUCCCAUCUGCAAUUGUCAGUUAUUUGAAGAAUACAAAAGGGAUCGUAAAGCCUACUCCCAUUCAGGUACAAGGUCUUCCCACUGCAUUUUCUGGUAGAGAUAUGAUUGGCAUCGCAUUCACUGGAUCUGGAAAAACUCUUGUGUUUAUUUUGCCUUUGGUGAUGCUGGCUCUGGAAGCUGAAACUCGAUUACCUUGGAUCCAAGGCGAGGGCCCAGUUGGAUUGAUUUUAUGUCCAUCUAGAGAGUUGGCUCGACAAACAUAUGAUUUUACUAAAGAGUUGUGUGAAGCAUUAGAACAAUCAGGAUAUCCAUCCAUUCGUGUUUUGCUUUGCAUGGGAGGUAUUUCUAUGGCCGAACAGGGUUCUGUUCUUCGUGCCGGUGCCCAUAUCGUUGUUGCUACUCCAGGUAGAUUGCAGGAUAUGCUUGAAAAAAACAAAUUCAAUUUGAACAACUGCAAGUAUCUAUGUAUGGAUGAAGCCGAUCGCAUGAUUGACAUGGGAUUUGAAGACGAUGUGCGUAAUAUCAUGUCGUUUUUCAAGUCCCAAAGACAGACACUCUUGUUUUCAGCCACCAUGCCAAAGAAAAUUCAAAACUUUGCCAAAUCGGCUCUCAUCAGCCCUGUAGUAGUCAAUGUCGGCCGUGCUGGUGCUGCCAACUUGGAUGUGAUUCAAGAAGUCGAGUACGUAAAACAAGAGGCUAAAAUGGUAUAUCUUUUAGAAUGUCUUCAAAAGACACCUCCACCCGUCGUUGUAUUUGCCGAAAACAAAAAUGACGUGGAUGAUAUACACGAGUAUUUACUAUUGAAGGGCAUCGAGGCAGUAGCCAUUCAUGGUAGUAAAGAUCAAGAAGAGCGUGAAUUUGCCAUCAAAAGCUUCAAGGCAUGUAAAGCCGAUGUACUUGUUGCUACGGAUGUUGCUAGCAAAGGGCUGGACUUUUCCAUGAUUCAACAUGUUAUCAACUAUGAUAUGCCCAAAGAGAUUGAGGAUUACGUGCACCGUAUUGGUCGUACUGGUCGUUCAGGUAAAACAGGUGUGGCGACGACAUUUAUAAACCGGAAUUCUUCAGAGCAGAUUCUACUUGAUCUAAAAUAUCUAUUGCGCGAAGCCAAGCAACGUGUUCCACCCGUUCUGGAAGCCAUUCCCGACCCGACUGAAAAAUUCAAGUCCAAUGCACCUGAAGAUGCGAGUGCUGAAUGCAGUUAUUGUGGUGGAUUGGGACAUCGUAUUACAAAUUGUCCUAAACUGGAACAACAGCAACGAACGACUAUGGCUGGAUCAAUCACUCGUCAUGCUGGUGGUAAUACGGGUGGUGGUGGUGGCGAUUAUUAG